UCCGGAAUUGCGAUUCAAGUCGGGACAUCUCUACGUGAUCAUGAAAUCGCUUCUGGUACUCAGUUUCGCUGCGUUUUGUGCGGUUUCAGGAGCCGUCGAGGGUGACGACGCGACUAGGAGGUGUCUGGAUUGUAUCUGUUAUGCGAGUACGAAGUGCGAUCCUAAAGCCCAAUGCAAUGCCUACUGUGGUCCUUUCCAAAUCUCUGACGCAUACUGGAUCGAUGCCGGGAAACCCGGAAGCUCAAUCGGUUUCGCUCAAUGUGCCCAAGACAGAGCGUGCGCCGAAGAAACUGUCAUCCAGUACAUGAACAAGUGGGGCACGGAUUGCGACAAUGACGGAGCGGUCACCUGUGCAGACUACGCGAGAAUGCAUAAAGCUGGAAGAACUGGAUGCCAGGCUCCGUGGGUCCUCGAAACUCCAUACUGGAGGCAAUUCAAUCAGUGCAUGGGCGGAGGUGUCACGCUUGAUGCUCGAGGCCGUUGAGAAUAGAAUCGAAAUUCCUUGAUAUCUAAGCAAUGGAAAAUAACCGUAGCUGAUAAUAAGGAGAAUAUUCCAUGGAGCUCUUCGAUAAUAAAUGUGUAUAUUUGGUAUAAA